GAUUUUUGCUUCAGUAUCAAUUUGUCACUGCUUCGGGUGUGUUCCGCAUACGCGGUUUGACGUUUGAGGGACGUCCGGUGCGUUUGGUUACGCGGAUCGUUUUUCCUCGCGAAAGGGUGCGUGCGGAAAUCGUUACGAACUCCCCAAUACGAAGUACGUUGUUCGCCGUGGUCAGCGAGUGUUGAAUGUAAUGAUUGUUUCUGUCCUGUUUAAGCUGGUGCCCUGAAACCUGAGACGCAAGCACUUUAGGCUGCGAUGCAAGUUAUCGGAAGCGCAACAAACGACAAAAGUGGAUAUCAAGUGAUGUGAGUUUGCCGGGACUUCGGUCGAAAUCACGCGCGUUUGUGUGUGUGUGUGUGAAGGGUGUGUGCGAGGUUUGGGUAUUCUGAUGAUUGUGUGUGCGACAGUGUGCGGUAGUGUGCUUCUCGCACAAGUGUGUGGUGUCAGCUUGAUGUGCGUAUGAUGCUUUUCCACGAAAAAACGUAGUGCCGUUACACCACCACCACGCCCGGCUCCGGUCGCGAUCAGCGUGAGGAUUGAGCAAUAAGUGUAGAUAUAUAUCGUAGCCAACUGGCUAAGCGUGUAUGGAAACGGUGUCGGCGGCGUGAAAAAAGCCAUCCUUCGCUACCGCGUGGGGAAGAAAACGGUGGAAAAUCUUGCGGAUUUUUUGUUGUGUGUUUGUGUGUGAGUGUGUGUGUGUGUCGGGUGUUCUGUGCUAGUGUUGGUUUUUGUUCUCCAGUUUCUCGGCCACGGUGCUAGGUGCUGGCACCAAACCCAGUCGCCCGUAUUUCCUGUGAAAGGCAAUUUAAUUAAUACAAGUGCUGAUUGGCCAAACGUGUCGCGGUGGUUGUUUUUUUCCGUGGCCACGGUGGUACAGCGGCGCUUCAGCGAAGGUGCACUGGAUCAUAGCGGAUUGGAUGUCUGGGGCCAAACAAGGUGGAAAAAAGGAAAAUCGUCACGGUCACGCUUACGCGCCCCAGUUUGGUGGACCCUUCGGGGGUGGAAAGCAGCGGCUGAAGGUGGACAAGACCGUGCUGGGGCUGGCACGGGAUGGCACAACGGACUGUUGGAAAGCAAUAAUUUAUCGAUUCCAAACCGCCACCCUAAAGUCUAAAGCCUAUGAAACCAUUAGCUGGCGACUGGUGACAGCGUGAUAAGAUGUUGUGCAGCGAACAGUUGUGAGCCACCGCAAAGUGGAGCUUGCUAAGAAAGCACUCGGUUGCUCUAACAGGAUCGUUCACGCUACAGUAAGUUUUACACCGACGAGUGGAAAUCGACAGCAAAAGUGUAAUUAACUCAUUGACCAACUUACCGUCAUCUCGCGCGAGUGAAAGCAUCGUCUUUGUGCCAUGAAAAGAAGGGAUAACUCGUAGCCAGGCGUCUCUGACGUUAUUCGCCUUACGAACGUUAUGGUUUCUGCGAGCGCUCCGUAGAGAAAAAGAAAAAGGCAGCACGGUGUUAAGAAUCCCGGAGCGUAAAACCUAAUCUUCUUUCAAGCAAUGACUUUGUGGUCGGCUACCCGUGGCAGAUCAUUGCUGUUCCAUUUAUGAAUGGAGGUGGAGAUUUUUUAAAGGCAAACCGAGAAAGCAACCAUUUUAGUGUCAGGUGAACGAGAUCGUGCUUGUUUUGUGACCGGAAAAGUGAGUUACAUUAAGAGUGAUUAUUAAUGUUAAAAGUAAUAAUUAGUACAUGUUGCUGGCACUACUAGCCAAACGAAUGCUUCAAGAGUGAAUUGUGCUAAUGUGCAGUUCGAAUAGUACGGGAAGAAUGCAUCCUAUAGGUGGUAUUCAUUGUGUUAGUGCUGAAGUGUACUGGUUCGUGGAGCGUUGUGCCGAAUGAUGAUGUUGUAAAUGAGCAGUAAAGUGAUGCAAACAUAGCAAAGUGGUGAUGGUGAAAAUGCGACGAAAAAUGAAACGCAACAUAGUUAACCAAGCGUUAUGUUUGGUCGCGAUCAACAUUAUUAUUAUUGUGCAAUAUGCUUCCGGGUUGCAGCAGGCAGCAGUGGAUAAGGAAAAACAUGUAAAAUCCUCCGAAAUACAGGCUGUAGAAGGUCGCAAGAUCUCUCUGCCCUGUCCUUUAUCAGCACCGUCCAGGGAUAAAGUGUACAUGGUCCUGUGGUUUAAGGAUGACGCUGGAAUUCCUUUGUACAGCUUUGACGUGCGGGGGAAACCUUUACAGCAGGCAAGGCAUUGGUCAGCGCCGGAAAUUUUCGGACCAAGGGCCCACUUCAACACCGACACCGAUCCGGCCACACUGGAUAUACAGGACGUUCGACGCCAUGACGAGGGUGUCUACCGCUGUCGGGUUGACUUUCGUACCAGUCAAACACAGAGCUUUCGAUAUAAUCUCAGCAUCAUCAUUCUUCCCGAGCAUCCCGUGGUCCUCAGUCAAUGGGGACAACAGUUAAACAGCUCGAAGCUUGGACCGAAAGAGGAAGGUGAUGACAUUGUCUUAACAUGUCGUGUUGUAGGAGGUCGCCCCCAACCGUCGGUCAAAUGGCUCAUCAACGGCAUCCUGGUGGACGAGCAGUACGAGCACAAUUCUGGCGAUGUCAUCGAAAAUCGGUUGCUAUGGCCCGCGAUCCAACGCUCGGACCUGAAUUCCAUCUUCACCUGCCAGGCAACGAACACGCUGCUGGUGGAGCCGAAGGAAAGCAGCUUUGUUCUAGAUUUACAUCUGAAACCAUUGAGUGUGAAGAUAAUGAACCCGCAGACGCCAUUAGUAGCCGAUCGACGAUAUGAAAUCUCCUGCGAAAGCGUUGGUUCGAGGCCAAAUGCGAUUAUAACCUGGUACAAAGGAAAGCGACAAUUACGUCGUGCAAAGGAGGAAAUACUGAACAACACCACCCGGUCGGAGCUCAGCUUCGUACCGACGACCGAGGACGAUGGGAAGCAGAUAACGUGCCGGGCCGAAAACCCAAACGUUACCGGCCUGUUUCUGGAAACAUCCUGGAAGAUUGAAGUUGUCUAUCCACCGAUUGUGUCGCUGCGGCUCGGUUCAACACUAUCGGCGGAUGACAUCAAGGAAGGGGACGAUGUUUACUUCGAGUGUCACGUCCAAGCGAAUCCUCCGUGGAGAAAAUUACACUGGCUACACGACGGUGUUAUGAUUACUCACAAUGCCACCGCCCGGGUGAUACGGUCCAAUCAGAGCCUGGUGCUGCAGAAGGUUACCCGCAACUCAUCCGGAAAUUACUCGUGCAGUGCAAUCAAUGCCGAAGGUGAAACGGUUAGCAAUCAGCUUGCGCUACGAGUCAAGUAUGCACCGGUAUGUGCGACCGAUCGGAUCAUCAUUGUCGGUGCAUUCCGUAGCGAAUCGCUGCAAAUACCGUGCGAGGUACAUGCCGAUCCGCCCCCACGGCAGUUCAACUGGAAGUUCAACAAUUCGGGCGAAACGCUCAAGAUAGGCAAGGAGCGCUACGUUAAGAAUGGUUCCAUCAGUCUGCUUAACUACAUACCGGUCAGCGAUCAGGACUAUGGGACGCUCACCUGCUGGGGUCAGAAUGAGGUCGGCACCCAGGAUUGGCCCUGUUUCUUUCAAGUCGUACUCGCAGGGCUGCCAUCGGCGGUAAAAAACUGCUCGAUAAACAAUCAAACGCAGCACUCAGUCGAGGUGCAGUGUCUGCCUGGGUACGAUGGAGGAUUACCGCAAAUUUUCAUUCUCGAAGUGAUUUCCAGCCGGACCGGCCGUGUGCGGUACAACGUUACCAACCCGGACGAACCGUACUUUCUGGUGGAGUCGCUUGAGAACCUGAUUCAUUACGGCGGUGCGUAUGACGACAUCGGCGACGACAACCCACUGAAAGCCAUCAUUUACGCCGUCAAUCAGAAGGGCCGCAGCCAAGGCAUCGUGGUGAAGGACUUCUAUCUCGAGAGUGCUGUCGAAAACCGUGCAGGAGUGCUAACGAGCAACUCGCUUGAUAGUAUCUCGCCGAUCCUUUUCGGCGUGUUGCUGACGCUGCUGGUGCUAUGUUUCGUUAUCUUCGUGCGAGUGUACUACAUCAAAGCGACUGCCACCAGCACCACCAUCACGAAUGUUAGUAAUGACUUAGUUAGUAAUUCAAAGCAAGGUAACAACAAACAGGAUACGCUAGCCAAGAAAUCCGCCAAACAAAGCCCUCGCUGGCAGCAGGGCAACAGUGGCGGUGGCGUCGGCGGCGUCGGUGGCUACGGCGGAACCGGAACCGGAUGCGGACUGAUCGUCGAUGGACGAUCGCGGGACGAAAAGCUGGGCGCACCGGACGGGAUGGAGGACGAGCGGGACCCCGACGUAAUACCCGCCCAGUUCGCAGUGUCGAACGAUUCAGAAAGUGUUAGCUUCAACUCCUCCAAGUGGCCAAACGGGAACUUUUACGACAGAUAUCCAAACCAUGACAUACGACCAUCGGAGCUUCUGUUACCGUCCGCGGCAGGGACAUUAGGACCGACAGCGACGACGGCGACGACGAAUCAAUUACACCCGAAUGUUAAUCAACCGGGUGAUAGUAUUAAAUUAGGUCCAUACUACACGCCCAGCGGUCUAUUGACGGGUGGUGGCGGUGGCCCCACCGCACCGGGUACGACCGGCACUACGCUGGCGGGCGCCUACCUCAGCCCGGCCGGGUCACAUCCCCUCGACAGUGGCGGCUUGGACGGGGUCGGUGUUGGCGGCCCGCUAAUGUACAGCAGUGCGGGCAGUGGCCAAACGCUCGUCGGUAACCAUCAUCAAUCAAGCCUGCUGCCGAAUGGGACCGCCGGCAGCACCGGCACUGGAGUUAAUCCUAACGAUUAUGACAUCAAUGUACAUACCAUCAAAAAUAUGCUAAUGACGACGCGCGUCCCCGAGAGUUGCGUUUAGUUUUGCUGCGACCACAGACCACAGCCAUCCGGCAUGCCAUCGCGGGUAGUGGAAAUUUUCUCAAGAAUGAUGCUUGCGUAAAGGCACGGCGCACACGGCGAUUCUGGCUGAUGGAAGUGUUUUUGUGAAGGCGGAGAGCGGCUACUUCCAGGAGGGUGUUGUUUUUUGGGUGUUUGUAGAAGAUGCUUACGCCUUUGAGUUGUAUCUCUUUGCAACAGGUUGCAUUGAUGAAAUCUUGAAUCGUUAUUGAAAAGACCUACACCUAAAAACAUGUCUAACUAAAUUGAUCAAUGAACGGCAGAGUUGGUACAGAGUUGGUAGUCUUCCUUUCCGACAAAAACAAUGUGAACAAUAAAUAAAUAAUGUGAAAAUCCCUAAAAAACAAUGAUUGGAUCCUUUAAAUUACAGAACAAAUUCUUCAACAUAAUUUAAGUUUAUCAUAGUAUAAUAAUUGAUUUAAUACUUCGUUUGAUGCGCUGCUAUGGUCUUAUCUUAGGUACCAAAUGUGUCAUUGAAUAAAUACGAAAAUUGUAAACAUUCCUACAUUUGGCCUUUUCCGAUGGUAUUUACUUGCAAAUUGAUACAAUUUGGUGCUUUGAAAAAGGUGACGGAAUUUCAUUGAACCACAACUUUUUACAUGAAAAACACAUGACAUGAAGCACAGAUCAUUGAUUAAAGCUCAGUACACUAUUUUGAGAUUUUUACUGGGAGUCUAAAUAUUCUUGAAAAAGUAUGUGUUUUUGGUAAACAUGAUUACAACAUAUUUUAAAGAAUAUUUUAAAAUGUGUGUAAUAAACAUAACAACAGUCGGAAAAUAUGUAGCUAAUGCUUUAAACAGUUCAUAUACCCUCUCGACAGGAUAGUUUUUACAGACUCGAAUAAAUACUUCAAAUAAUUUAAUUUAAUUUAAUUAAUAAAAUAACAUUUUCGUAUUUAUUUACUGUCACAUUACCGUACAUUGUUUUAAUCCUAAAUUUUAUUGACAGAUUUGUUAUUUGUCCAGAAUUUUUGACAGCUUAUAUUAUAUUUUUUUACGUUUGUAAUUUACGUUCCCUGGUGUAGCCGUCCGUGGAUACAAUUCGCCCCAAUUAAAAAAAAAUCCAUAUGCAUGCACACAAUCAAUGAUGAACAAUAGUAAUAUUUUUCUUUAGCAUUUGUGCACAAAUUUUUAAUCUUAUUUCAUGCGUUAAACAAUUAGUUUAGUUAAAUUUAAAAUAAUAAUAAAAUUAAUUAUUUAUUAGUUUUUUUUAUUAAAUAACGAAAAAUAUUCAGCAUAAACGUGAAAUGAAAAUAUGCGAGAAAAAUAACAAUAUUAAACUUAAACAAUAUUUUGGAAACUGAAAAUUAAACUAAGAAUAAGUUUCAAAAAAUAAUAAGAAAACUUCGAAUAAUUGUAACAGAAUUGAAAGAUUUAAUGUAAACUGUCAAACUAUCAGAAGUAUUAGUUUUUUUUAUUAUUUUUAUUCAAUAUUAUAAAUAUAUGAUAUUUUUUUAGAUAAUUUGUUCCACCUUUUAUAGGUUCAUUGCAGAGCGUCCAUUGAUGGGAAGACCCAAUUUGUAAAAAAAAAUGUUUAUGUUAAAUUACUUGAAACGAAUUACUAAUUAAAUUACUUUACUGGUUUUAUUAAAAUUCAUAAAAAGUAAAACUCCCUAAAUGAAUUCAACAAAAGGACAAAUCAAUUGUUUAUUUUGUAUACCUUCCAACAUAGUGCACAAAGGCUAAACAUGCUUGUUAUCAAAAAGUAAAGACAAGAAUUUCGUGCUAAAAGAAAGCAAAGACAAGAGUACCGAAACUAGUUAACUGUUAGUGAAAUGAAAAACUCUCCUGUCUUGUUUUUGUGUAAUGUGUCAAAGUCAUUUCAUUCGUUAAUUAACGUGAACAAUCUGCUCGUUAUGUUGCAUGUGUCCAAUCGGAGUGUGUCAAAGCACGGAAGCUCACAUGAAAGCGCAAUGGAACUACUUUACCCCCGUACCAGCCGAGGUACAAAACGUUACAAAACAUCAAACGUUAAAUGGUAACCAAAAAAAGCAGAAACAACAAUACUUGAAAACGGUUUGAACCUUCAUGUGACCUAGAAUUUGCAGCAACUUUUGUAACACUUCUCAAAGGAAAAACAAAACCCCGGGAGAGAAAUAGAGGAAAUGUAAGCUGUGAACAUUGCCGAGAAUUGUUCGUCUUCGGUACUGACCGUUAAGAUGCCCGUUAAGUUUUUCUGUUCAAUUUGCAUUUUAAACAUGGAAUGAACAUUAAACGUUACAUCAAAGUCUUCGUAAAAUGCUUACCAAACAUGCGGAGAGUUGCAUUUAAUUAAAAAAAAAACUAAAAGAGUGUGUAAUAGAAACAAAAAACAAGACAAACAACUAAAAACAUUGAUGUUAACGUAAAUGUAAUAGAGUAUAUGGAAGAGAGAAAACCUUGUAUAGGAGAAGUGUUUUAAUUAGGAAAAAGCGUGCGCUGACCACUUUUAUUUCGUAUGACGCUGAGUGGAGAAUACUUAAACCAAGAAAAAGACCCAUAAAAUACGCCAUGGAGGCGCAUGGUCGCUCACAAUUUUACCUAGGUAGUCCAAUUGAAGCGGGGCGCUCUUGUGCUGAGCGCUGAUGAGGAUGAGGUGCUUGCUAGUAGCCAAAUCUCACUGGAACUGCCUCAAAUUACCACGAAUUUCGCAUAAUUUGUUCCACUCCAUAUCACAACAGUUGUGUGCCAACGUUUUUUAAGUAAAAUCCAACCGCCCUCUCAAACAUAUCACGCAAACAUGUAUGAUCAUUUUCCAAUAAUCCAUCAAUACGUAGAACCAUAUCAGUAACGGUAAUGAUUUUAAAUCCUCGUAACAAACGUGCUCCCAACAUAUCUCCGAUUUCAGUAGGGACUUUCUCCAAACCAAUCCAAAACCACACAUUUUCUCGCGUUGUUUCCGGGUGUAGUAGUAAUCGCAGUACAAUAGAACGACCUAAUUGUAUAUAGGGACGAGUGUUUUUCCCCCAACCACACGUGUACAUGACACCCUGUAUGAUUGCGAAAAAAAGUGAAUAGAGAAAAAAAUGUAAAUAAUAGUGUAGUUAAAAAAACAAGAAAACUUUACAUGGCGUUUUAAAACCAAAAUAAAACAAAACCUCUACAUAAUCGUAAUGGCAGAUAGGUACACAGUCCCGCAAAUAAUGGCUAGAUUUUAUAAACAUGUCUGUUUCCUUGCUCGUUUUUUGCUCCUUCUUUCGUCUAGCGCUGGCAAAACUGAAAAGCUCAGUCCGGAGUUGUACAGAAAGUUAGCAGGUUCUAGAGAAAGAGAGAGUGUUUGUGUGUGUGUGUGUGUGUGUGAGAGAGAGAGAAAAUCAUACUAGCAACGCAUAAAUGGAAUAUGUAAAAUGUGUUCGUGAAAUGGAAAUUUGUUCUAAUUUAUAGAAACGUUACCGUAACGGAGGGAUAGCGAUAAAUCAUCAGCGAUAAAAGGUAAAACAAAGGUAAAAAAACAGAAGAGGAAACAAAAGAGGAAACAGAAAGCAAAACAUUGUAAUGUUGUUGUACAAAACAGGAGAUGGACAUAAAAAUAUGAUUGAAAAAAUGGGAGUAAAAAACAAGAUCAGUAACAGACGAAACAACCAUAGCAGAUAGUUUGAAAUACACAACA